UCCACCUCUACCUUCUCCGUCUACUCAUUUCAAAUCAUCAUUCAGAAAGUACUUCCAGACCUGACAGUCAAAACUACUAGUCGUCUCCAUCAAACGAUCAACUGAAACAAGUUCCAGAUACACAAUGGUGGUCUGUCUCAUUGGGCUUUCAUAUCUCAAAUUGGAAAUUCUGGGUUUUCAUUUCUGGAGGCUCAGAUUUCAAUAAACUUCUUCCACUUCAACAACAGCCAUGGCACUGGAGGUUUAUUGGUAUGACUUCGUGUGCUUUGGCAUUGUUGGUGUUUCCUUCUUUGGUGCUUUAUGGGUCAUUUGGAGGAGGGAAGGCGCUUCUGCAAGAUUCGAAGAUACAACCUUGUAUGAGAGCCUUCUGGUCACUAGACCCGACAGUGAGGUGUUUGUGAGUGCACUGCCGAGGGGUCAUGUUAGCACUUCUCAGCUAUGGACUAGUUGCUGGAAAGGGCUCCACCCAGGUUGGCUCUUGGCCAUUCGAUUUCUCUCCUUUCUGGCCCUUGCUGGGUUCUUGACUUGGGAUAUUGUCGAUUGGGAUGCUUCCAUUUUUAUUUACUACACCGAGUGGACUUUUACGUUGGUUAUGGUCUAUUUUGCGCUGGGAACUAUAGUGUCUGCGUAUGGUUGGUGGUUGUCCACAAACAAACCCCCCUCUGAAAAUGGGACAAGGGCUGAAUCUGUGAUAAGGGAUGUGGAAGAUGAUAAUGGAAUCGUUAAUACUUAUAGGCAAAAAGGAAUUAACGGUACCAUCAAAUUGCAAAGCCACUAUGCUCAAGAGGAGAUUCAACAUAGAGCAGGAUUUUGGGGAUAUCUUAUGCUGAUUGCAUUCCAGACUUGUGCAGGAGCUGUUGUCCUCACAGACGUUGUCUUUUGGUGUGUCAUCGUCCCAUUUUUAUCAAAUGCUCACCUGGGCCUAAAUACGUUGAUGUGCUGCAUGCAUACUUUGAAUGCGGCUUUUCUUCUUCUGGAUACCUCUCUUAACAGCCUUCCAUUUCCUUGGUUCCGGCUUUCGUACUUUGUCCUAUGGAGCUGCAUCUAUGUCAUCUUCCAAUGGGUCAUUCAUGCACUUGGUUUCCCAUGGUGGCCAUAUCCUUUCCUCGAGCUUAAUACACCAUGGGCCCCAUUAUGGUAUUUUUGUAUGGCUGUGGUUCACAUCCCUUGUUAUGGGAUUUUUGCUCUAAUUAUAAAAGCAAAGUAUUCACUUCUCCCCAAAUGGUUCCCCCACGCUUUUGUGAGGCCAAUCUAUGUAUAUAGAGAGGGCAAUGCUUUUCUCCGUCCCUCUCGGGAUACUUCUUUUUCUGGGUUUGUUCAGAAAGAAAUGAGCAGUGAAGAAGGAGAAGGCCCUGGCUACUGGCUUCAAUGGCAAGUGCUGGUUUGUGCUCUGAUUGUUACCGUUCCAGCAGUGAUAGCUCUGAAAUUUGUGAAGAAAGCAAAGCAGCAACCUUUGAAUUCUGUGGACUUGUGGAGCACAUGCUGGAGAUCCCUCGAUCCUCUUUGGCUUCUCUUUUACAGAGCUUUGGUCUUCCUUUGUAUGGCCAAAAUGCUCUAUGACAUGGUCUCCCAAUAUGGACUUUUUACCCUCGUUUUCUACACCCAGUGGACUUUUGCGUUGGUUAUGCUAUAUUUUGCGCUGGGAACAAUUAUAUCUGCACAUGGAUGUUGGGUUGGAAGGUCUACUUACAGAGAAGAACAAUCGAAGGGUAGAGUCAAAUCGAAAAGCCACCAAGCUCGAAAUGAGAUAAGCCAAAGAGCAGGAUUCUUUGGAAAUCUAAUGCAGAUUAUGUAUCAGAUAUGUGCAGGUGCUGUGAUGCUAACAGACAUUGUAUUUUGGUGUCUCAUACUACCAUUUCUAACAAGCAUAGAAUUCGAACUGACCCUGUUGAUAGGUGCCAUACAUGCUGUGAAUGCUGUUUUUCUAAUCGGGGAUACCGCUCUCAAUAGGCUUCCAUUUCCUAAGUCGGGUUUUGCAUAUUUUGCGCUCUUCGGCUUCCUCUAUAUUCUUUUCCAAUGGCUCCUUCACGCCUUUGGUGUUAAAUGGUGGCCAUAUCCUUUCCUUGAGCUUAAUACACCUUGGGCACCUUUAUUGUAUUUUGGAUUGGCAGUAUGGCACAUUCCCUGUUUUUGGAUAUACUCCCUAAUCGUCAAGGCCAAAAUUUCAAUGCUCCCAAGCUUGUUUCCUCGUGCAUUGGACGGCAUGGAAACAUUAUAGACAUCAGAACAGAAAUAAGGAGUUCAACAAGGGCUAAAUGAGCAAUGAGACUAAGCAAAACAGGCAUCAUUCCCGCUAUAGUAUUUGGAAAUGAUUACAAAUUGUAUUGAUACACUGGAUUAGAUAACACUAAUUCCAACAGAAAUUGCUUUUCUAAUUGCAAUUGUGACCGAAACGGGGCACAUUAAUGGCAGUUUAUAUCCUG